AUGGAGACCCACGAGGCCGCUGCCAUGGCUAUCUGCCAGAUGAACGGCUAUCUCGUGCAUGGUCGUCCCCUCAAGUGCAGCUGGGGCAAGGAUAAGACACCUACACAGGGCGGUUUCGACCCCUCUCAGCAAGGGUUUAGCCCUCAGAGCGCUCAAGGUCCGGGCUUCCUCAGACUCCAACUGGAUAUUUCCCCCAGUACGGUGCGGGACAAUUCGGCGGCCAGCCCGGUAACUACGGCGGCCCUGGUGGACAGUCGCCGGCCGGGUACGGAGGUCAGAACAUGGGUUACGGUGGUCCUCAGAGUGCCGGCGGCUACGGUCGCGGAGGUCAACCCCCAACGCUCAGUGGUCUCAGGGGCCCAACCCGAACCAGAACUAUAA